UGUGGGAAAGUAAUCUUUGUAUUUUCCACAGGUGCGGCUGUACCGGGGCUGGCAGCAAGACCGUGGGAGAGAACGGGAUGGGAGACCUUUGGCAAAAAGGCCCUGAGUCAGAAGAAGACGUCGAGGCUUUACCAGCAAGAUCCCUGGAGAAUGUUUCAUUCCUGGCUGAGGCUGAUGACAGUUGGGAGAACGAGAAUGAGGGAAGAAAAUCUGGGAUACUGCCAGAAAGGGCUCAGGAUGUGGAAAUGAAUCCCGAAAACCCAGAUCGACCACAUAGCCAGGAUGGAAACCUAAUCGAGAAUUUGCGGAAAGAUUCCUUUACUUUUGAAGACGGAGAUUUCCUGGAAGUAAACAGCGGAGAGGACAGAAACAAAUGCAGCGUGUGUGGGAAGGUGUUCAAGGAUGACUCAAACCUUAAGAGACACCAAAGAACCCACACAGGGGAAAAACCAUAUCACUGUUUGUACUGUGGGAAGAGGUUCAGUCGGAACACAAACCUCGCUUCCCAUCACAGAACCCACACAGGGGAGAAACCAUAUGUCUGUUCAGUAUGUGGCAAGACUUUUUGUGAUAAAUCAAGCCUUAAUAGACAUCAGAGAACCCAUACCGGGGAGCGGCCAUAUGAGUGUGAUGAGUGCGGGAAAAGCUUUGACCUGAGCCAGGCGCUUAUUAGUCACCAGAGAACUCACACAGGAGAGAGACCGUAUCGGUGCUCGGAAUGUGGGAAAACAUUCAACCGGAGUCAAAACCUCCGGAGUCACCAGAGAAUUCACACAGGAGAGAAACUGCAUAAGUGUUUAGAAUGUGGGAAAAGUUUCAGCCGCAGCCAGAACCUUACUAGGCAUCAGAGCAGCCACACAGACGAUAAGUUGUAUAAGUGCUACGAGUGUGGGAAAAGCUUCCGCCUGAGCCAGGCCCUUAUUAGCCAUCAGAGAAUCCACACCGGAGAGAAACCAUAUACAUGCUCUCAGUGUGGAAAAAGCUUCAACCUUAGUCAGAACCUGAUCAGCCAUCAGAGAAUCCACACUGGAGAAAAACGGUAUAAGUGCUCAGAAUGUGGGAAAAGCUUCAGCUGGAGCCAAGAUUUGCUCCGCCACCAGAGAAUCCACACAGGAGAGCAACCGUAUCAUUGCUCCGAAUGUGGGGAACGCUUCAAUCGGCGAGAGAACCUUAUUAGACACAUGAGAAUACACCUGGGAGAAACUGCUUAAGUUGGAAUGAGUGUGCAGGGACCAGUCCGUUAUCAUCUAUCAGAGAAUCCUCACCCAAGAAGUGUAUUAAAAAAAAAAAUCUAGCUAGGAUACUA